UGAGGGGGCCAGGGGGCAGUAGCUGGAAGCACAUCCCCCAGAGGAGACACUACAAAUUGGGGUGCCAGGGGCACCAGGAAGCUUCUGGGAGUUCCUGCUGCAGGAGCUGGUGGUUCUCUGUGGGAGGGAAGCACCAUAAAUUCCCAAGAUGACGGACCAGCAGGCAGAAGCCCGUGCCUUCCUCAGCGAGGAGAUGAUUGCGGAGUUCAAAGCCGCCUUUGACAUGUUUGAUGCCGAUGGCGGUGGAGACAUCAGCACCAAGGAGCUGGGGACGGUGAUGAGAAUGCUGGGCCAGAACCCCACCAAAGAGGAGUUGGAUGCCAUCAUUGAGGAGGUGGACGAGGACGGCAGCGGCACCAUCGACUUCGAGGAGUUCCUGGUCAUGAUGGUGCGCCAGAUGAAAGAGGAUGCCAAAGGAAAGUCUGAGGAGGAGCUGGCCAACUGCUUCCGCAUCUUUGACCGGAAUGCGGAUGGGUUCAUUGACAUUGAGGAGCUGGGUGAGAUCCUGAGAGCCACUGGAGAGCCUGUCACUGAUGAGGACAUAGAGGACAUGAUGAAGGACUCAGACAAGAACAAUGAUGGUCGCAUCGACUUUGAUGAGUUCCUGAAGAUGAUGGAGGGCGUGCAGUAAGGGACCAGACAUUCCUCAGGCCAGCUGCUGCACCCAGCCCUGCUCCCCUGCUGUCCAGGGAGCAGCAGCUCCACAGCACCUGGCCCUCAGCACUGGCUGGGACCUUGCUCUGUGCCAGGGUCCUGGUCUCGUCUCACCACCGGCGGCUGAGCUUUUCCUCCCAUCUGUCACCUGUGGCUUUGAUUUCGCCUCAAUUAAAGAGGAAAGGCUUGA